AUGUCAAAAGUGCUGAUCAAAUUACGUGCAAUCAUAUGGGGAGAACCCCCAUCAUCAAAACUUGAACGUAACUUACUUUUCAAAAUUGAUUGGUUUAUCCUAAGCUAUACAUGUCUAGCAUUUUGGUGUGUCUCCAUUGAUACUUCAAAUGUGUCAAAUGCUUAUGUCUCAGGUAUGAAAGAAGAGCUAAACAUUGUGGGGAAUCAAUUCAACAUUAUCAACACUUGUUGGACAGUGGGUUAUGUUGUCGGUAUGAUUCCUAAUAACAUCAUGUUGUUGAAAUUUCGACCAAGUAUUUGGAUGAACCUAUGUAUGUUCAUAUGGGGGUUAUUCACCCUGGGACUUUAUAGAGUUUCUAGUUGGCAACAAAUUUGUGCCUUAAGGUUUUUCCAAGCUGCUUUUGAAAGUGUCAUUUAUUCUGGUUCUCAUAUGAUUUUGGGCUCAUGGUAUAAACCUGAUGAAUUGAGUAAAAGAAGUGCCAUUUUCACUUCAAGUGCCUUAAUAGGGAGUAUAUUUUCAGGGACAAUGCAGGGGAAAAUUCAAUCCACAAUGCAUGGACUAAGAGGUUUGAGUGGAUGGAGGUGGUUGUUCAUUGUGGAUUUCCUAAUCACAUUUGUUGUGGUUCUUUAUGGUUUAUUCUUUUUCCCAGAUACUCCACAACUUUGCAAAAAAUCAUUCUUUUCAUCAAAUGAAAUAGAAUUGGCAAGAUCUAGAUUGAUUAAACCUCCUCCUGUGAGAUUAGAUCGUACAGCUUUUAAAAGAGUUGUCACCAGCUGGAAAUGGUAUGCUUUUUCGUUGUUAUUUUCAUUAGCUGGUGAAAACAUUUCAUGGAAUGCGAAUUCAAUAUUUGCAAUAUGGUUAUCUUUUAAAGGUUAUUCAAUCCAACAAAGAAACUAUUAUCCAAUGGGGACUUAUGGGGUUGGUAUAAUAUCUUCAUUUAUUGCAGGUAUUUAUGUUGACUUGACUCGUAAAUUCCAUCAUGUUGGAUUUGCAGUCUCGUUAAUCUUACUCAUAUCCACAAUCAUCAUAUGGACAAGUCCAGAGAAGACCACAAAUAUCUUUGUUGCUCAUUAUUUAACAGGUGUUAGCUAUGCUGUUCAACCAACCUUCUUUGCAUGGGCAAAUUUGGCUAUAACAAACGAUGCUGAGUUGAAAAUUGUUACUUUAGCUUCAAUGAAUAUGUUUAGUAAUGCACUGAAUGCUUGGUGGGGAGUUGUGUUUUUCCCAGCUGACCAUGUUCCCAGUUGGAGAACGGGGUGCUAUGCUAUGCUAGGUACGUUGAUUUCAACGCCAUUAGUGGGUAUUGCUAUAUGGUUUUUACAGAAAAGAGAGGUGAGAAAAGUUGGUGGAAAUGACGUUGAUGCUAUUAGCCAUGAAUCUGAUGUGAGUGUGGAGGUUUUGGAGCAGCAGAACAUAAGCAAGGUAUAA